UUGUCAUGGGUCCUUCAAAUGAUGAGGCUUUAGAAUUAAUUAGACAAGGUCAAGGAGGCGUCGGAAGAAAUCCGCGUCAAAUUCAGCAUGGAAUUGACAUUAAUAACCUAAUACAAGUAAACAAGUUUAUUUCUAAUCCUUUUAUCAAAAUAUUAUAG